AUGCACCAGAAUAUCGAGUCCAAGAAAGGCCGGUUAGAUCGGCGGACUUCUAAGAGGGUGACCGUGAAGGUACCAAGCCGUGAAGCUGCGGCUGGUACACGGGUGCCAUCAGUGAUCCCAAGGCUCUGCCAAACAGCAGAUCAGUCUCCAGCUUUGUCUCCAAGUCACCAGAGUGACUGCAAUGGCAACAGAGGAAUAUGUAAGGACACCUCUCUACAGAAGAUAUCAGCCAACGCCAGAUGCCCGGACAACGCAUUAACCGAAAGCGUGGCUUUGCCGUUAAUCAAGAAAGGAGCAGGGAAGGUGACAGCUCUAAGCGUCCGAAAUACUGACAAGAGGACAGACCUUCUCCCGUCUCUGAAGGCUUCAUACACGAGGGGGAAGCAGAAGACUCAGCCUAUCCUUUCCAGUGAUAUGACGCCAUGGGUUAGAGCUUCUCCUUCCGAGACCUCGCUGACCUGUCUCCUUCAGAGCAUCCCCUCUCCAAAGACGUUAUCUGACAACAUGGCCGACAGCCGCCAAAGUCAGCGGGAGGCGGCUAACGAGGACGGCUGGAGCCUGAAGGCAAGUGCCCCUGAACAGCCAACAUUAAAAGACAAGGCUAAUGGCAGAGCUAAACCCAGGGGCAGAACCGGAGUGACCAAGAGACGGGCCUCUAAUAAAUUCCAUCACUAUGAAAUUACCCCCGGUCCCCGCAGUAACCGAGCUCAACUUCAGCCGCAAUUUCAGCUUUUCAUUCUUUGAGUUACCGCAAUACCAGAGCCCCCAACACUGGAUCCAGCGCCAGAAAUACGUCUUCAUGUUAAUGAGAAAGCUGCAAUA